GCCGCGGGCCCGCGCGGCCGGUCCCUGCCUGAGGGUGGUUGAGCGAGAGUCGGGGAGCGGUCGGGGGAGGCGCGGGCCUUGGAACUUGCUUUUUUUUUUUUCUUUCUUUCUUUUUUCCGGGCACAGGGAGGGUGAAGUAUUACUCAGCGUUUCCUGCGGACCUCGCGGCCUCUAAUUUUAUCUAGGCUUCCUCCUAACAGGCAGGCCUCAAGAUUCGCCGGCCCGAUUUCUUAACAACUCAAGAAAAAAAAAAAAAAAAAAAAAAAAAGAAAGAAGAAAAAAAAAAAGAAAAGCCUUGGGCAGUCGGUGCUGCUGCUCCUUUAUUAUUUUUUAAUAAUUUUUAAAAAAAUUUUUCCUAUGUGUCUGUGGGCUCAGAAUCUACAAAGUCCUCACCGGUACUGUCUUUGAAGAUGCGGGCACACCGCAGAAGGAUGUUAUCAUCAAGUCAGAUGCACCUGACACACUGCUGUUAGAGAAGCAUGCGGAUUAUAUCGCGUCCUAUGGCUCCAAGAAAGAUGAUUAUGAAUACUGUAUGUCUGAAUAUUUGAGAAUGAGUGGGAUCUAUUGGGGUCUGACUGUGAUGGAUCUGAUGGGACAACUACAUCGGAUGAAUAGAGAAGAAAUUCUGACCUUCAUUAAGUCAUGUCAACAUGAGUGUGGUGGAAUAAGUGCUAGUAUUGGACAUGACCCCCAUCUUUUGUACACUCUAAGUGCUGUCCAGAUUCUUACUCUGUAUGAUAGUAUUAAUGUUAUUGAUGUAAAUAAAGUUGUGGAAUAUGUUCAGAGUCUACAGAAAGAAGAUGGUUCUUUUGCUGGAGAUAUAUGGGGAGAAAUAGAUACAAGAUUCUCUUUUUGUGCGGUGGCAACCUUGGCUCUGUUGGGGAAGCUAGACGCUAUUAAUGUGGAAAAGGCAAUUGAAUUUGUUUUAUCGUGUAUGAACUUUGAUGGUGGAUUUGGUUGCAGGCCAGGUUCUGAAUCCCAUGCUGGGCAGAUCUAUUGUUGCACAGGAUUUCUGGCUAUUACUAGCCAGUUGCAUCAAGUAAAUUCUGAUUUACUCGGUUGGUGGCUUUGUGAACGACAGUUACCAUCAGGUGGACUCAAUGGAAGGCCCGAGAAGUUACCAGAUGUCUGCUAUUCGUGGUGGGUGUUGGCUUCCCUAAAGAUAAUUGGAAGGCUUCAUUGGAUUGAUAGAGAGAAACUGCGAAGUUUCAUUUUAGCAUGUCAAGAUGAAGAAACAGGAGGAUUUGCAGACCGACCAGGAGACAUGGUAGAUCCUUUUCAUACUUUAUUUGGAAUUGCUGGAUUGUCACUUUUGGGAGAAGAACAGAUUAAACCUGUUAGUCCUGUUUUUUGCAUGCCUGAAGAAGUGCUUCGGAGAGUCAAUGUUCAGCCUGAACUAGUGAGCUAGACAUUGAUGGAGAUACAAGAUAAUGCUUAGUAUAGUUUUGCCAUCUUAACAUUUCUGUAAAGUGCUUCUCAAAUUUAAUGACUACUGUGUCACUAUUUUGUAUAUGAAUUGUAUUAAUUUUAAUAAAUUAUGUAAUUAUACAUACUGUAAAAUAAAGAUCUUUAUCUUCAGCUUUAGGUUUUUUUCCUGCAAUGCUGUUAUCCUGAGUACAGUAUUUUGUUUCUGCUUAAGUGUAUUUAUUUGUAUGUUUCCUUAACAGUAAACUAUUGACUUAAAGUUUAAGUCCUGUGUUCUACUUGAUUUUCCCAUGUGCUUCUUUCAUGUCAUAUAAUAAUGGUUACUGUAAAUUGACCUGUAUCAAUGAGAAUGUAAAAUGAUAAACCUAUCCAUAUAUGAAUUAAAAGAUUCACCAGAAUAAAUGGCUGUUGAAAUUUG